CCCUGUUCCGCUCAGCGGGAAGUAACGAAGUUUCAUGAACACAGAGACUAUACGAACAAUCCACAGUUGUUUUCCACGGCUUCAAAUCUUUGUAGUAAACCUCAACGUAUCCUGGUGUAGAUUACGCACGCGGAAUUUUCAAAUAUGGGGAGAAAAUCAGUGAAAUCGAAAGAGAAAAAGCAGAGGAGGAAAGAGGAUGCAGCCAAACUGGCGUCAUCAGUGCAAAAAGUUGCUGAGGCCAAUGGGGUAGAUGAUCCUAUGGCUCCUUUUCCAGCCUUUAGAAAAUUUGACAGAAAUGGGUUGUGCAUAACAUUUGAGACAAAGAGAAUAAAAGACAUUGAUCAACAGAUUGUGGACUGGUCUUUCCAACUUACCAAAGAUAACAUGCAGACCUUAUAUGAUGAGAGUGAAUGGGGAUGGAAGGAUCGUGACAAGUUAGAGGAGAUGACUGACAGUCGUGCUUGGUACUUGCUUGGGAGAGAGCAGGAGGGAAAUCCUGUCGCCUUCAUCCACUUUCGCUUUGACAUGGAGGAUACAGAAGAAGUUUUAUACUGUUAUGACAUCCAGUUGGAGAAGUCAUUGCGGAGAAAAGGCCUUGGCAAGUUUAUGAUGCAAAUUCUGGAGCUAAUGGCACACAGAUAUGGCAUGUUAAAAGUUAUGUUAACUACAUUCAAACAUAACCCACAGGCUUGUGAUUUUUUCAUCAAUAAACUCAAGUACAAAGUUGAUGAAAUAUCACCAGAGCCAGGUAUACAUGAAGAAGAAUUUUCAUAUCUCAUUCUGAGUAAGACCAUCCCUCAGAAAUGUCCAGCAAAAGCAUCUGACUGCUCAAACAAGGACAAGUGCUGUCAUGUUACAUCAACAGCCACAAGAUGAGGACAGGAAUACUUUAACAGACUGAGCCUCUUUAUGUGUAAGCUGAAAUAAGUACCAGUGCAUGACUCAUUGUUAUAUGUAUAGAAAUAUCUAGACUGGAAAAUUACUACUUGUUAUGGUCAUCAAGAAAUUUUUAGUGUCUAUACCUUUAAGUGUAUCCAGUUAAAAAUUAGACUAUACAAAAUGUUUAGCUGUGAAUUUUGAGAUGCUGCCAUGAUGCCAAAGAAACAUGCAUGGAAACUACACACUAGACCACCUUUGGUGGAGUAUUGUAAAAUGGCUUGCUUUGGUAAUACAGCAAACAGAAAGUAUCCAGCAUAUUAAAAUAAUAGCUUUGAGAGAUAAAAGAUGAAAAAUCCACUAAAAGCUCACCCCAAAUUUGCAUCUAUUGUCAAUUUCUGGCCAAAAUGACAGUAUCUUUUUUAAAAUUUAUUGUGAUGUUGCCUUCUCAAGAUUCCCCCAUGCUGUUUAUCACUUCUAAACAGUUAUUCAAGUGCAUAAACUGCAAAUGGUUAAUAAUCACAGAGCAAUAUUAUACACUAUCACUCUUUUAGGAUAAAAUUAUUGUAUGUUAUCUAUCUCUGGACCAUCGCAUGAAACAAGAGCUCUUGCAUUAUGUAGAUGUAAUGCAAGAUACACAUUUCAUAAGCUUUUACUCACAGGGUAUGUGAUACAUGCUACCCACUAUUGGAUAAUCUGGCAAUGAACAAGUUUGCAUAUCAAUUACAGUUAAGUACGUCUUCCCUUUCUCGCUGCUUGCACACUUUGAAAAGUUUGAUCAGUUAGUGAACACUUUGUAGACCGUAUUUUACCCAAAAGAAUUGUUAUAAAAUUUGAAGAAAAAAUUAUAUUGGUGUGUGAUUUUAAUAAAAUGUAGAAAUUUC